AGUCCUUGCUGGAUGGAGUACUACUGAAUCUAAUUCAUCGCCAAAGGAGAGAAAAACUAUACUAAUUCCUUCAAAGAAAUGAUAGAGAAAGAAAAGAGAGAAAUGUUGUUUGUGUGCUUUUAUGGUUGAAACCAGCAGGAGUAGCUGAUGAUAAUAACAUUUGGAAGAAAGAGUAAGAACAGUGAGCAGGGCUUCCAGGCAACUAAUUCCUACAAAGAAAUGAUAUGGCGGCCUCUGAUAAAGCCGUCUGCCAUCGUCUUCUUCCUCUUCCUUCUAUUAAUCGGAGGGUUCGUCUGCACCUACUUUAUCAACAUCCCUAUUCUGACUGGAUCCACAUUUAAACCAAUUUAUCAACCAAAAACAUUCAGACCAAUAAUUCUAGCCACCAACACAUCCCAAAACUUUGGCCCAAAAGUAAAUGGGACAGCCCAAAAAUGCCCUGGACAAAACAAGAAAUUCCCAAAAUAUUCAUCAACAGAUUCCCAUAUAAUCCCAAUCAACUGCUCCACAUUCGACCGCACGCAGAUCUGCCCCUCUUGUGACACCACUUUUACCUUCCAAUCAGAACAAGAUUCUAAUUUCUCAUCCAAGCCGUCCACGUGUCCAGAAUACUUUCGGUGGAUCUACGAAGAUCUGAGGCCGUGGUCCCAUACAGGGAUAUCAAAGGAAAUGAUGCACAAAGCCAAAAAGAAAGCCCAUUUCAAAUUGGUGAUAGUGGAUGGAAUAGCAUACGUGGAGAGAUAUGAUAGGGCGUAUCAGACUAGAGAUUUGUUCACGUGGUGGGGUAUUGUACAGUUGCUACGGAAGUAUCCAGGCAAAUUGCCUGAUUUGGAACUGGUUUUUAACUGCCAUGACCGACCUGUGAUUUUGUCGAAGUACAACACAGUGGAUCCUCCUACUUUGUUCAGUUUCUGCGGUGAUGAUCACACAGUUGAUCUUGCCUUCCCUGAUUGGUCCUUCUGGGGAUGGCCUGAGGUUAACAUAAAGCCUUGGGAGCUACUGAUGAAGGACAUAGAGAGAGGGAGCAAGAAGAUGAAAUGGGUGGAUAGACAACCUUAUGCUUAUUGGAAAGGAAAUCCAGCUGUUGCUCGAACCAGACGAGACCUCCUCAAAUGUAAUGUCACUAAGAAAAAGGAUUGGAAUGCUCGCUUGUAUGUCCAGGAUUGGCGUCGAGAAUUUGAGCAAGGCUAUAAGAACUCAGAUAUGGCAGACCAAUGCACUCAUAGGUUUAAGAUCUACAUAGAAGGGAAUGGUUGGUCCGUGAGUCGAAAAUACAUUCUUGCAUGUGAUUCGCUAACCUUAUUAGUGAACCCCAAAUACUAUGAUUUCUCAAGCAGAGGAUUGAAGCCAAUGGAGCACUAUUGGCCCAUUAAGGCCAAUGACAAGUGCAGAUCAAUUAAGUAUGCUGUUGACUGGGGCAACACCCACGAGAAAGAGGUACAGGCCAUUGGGAGGGAAGCAGUAAAAUUCAUUCAGGAGGAGCUGAAGAUGGACUAUGUAUAUGACUACAUGUUUCAUCUUCUAAAUGAAUAUGCAAAGCUCUUCAAAUUUAAACCUGAAAUUCCUGAAAAUGCAUUUCAAUUGUGUUUGGAGUCACUGUAUUGCCCGGCUAGGGGGUUAGAAAGAACAUACAUGAUGGAUUCCAUGUGGAAGGGUCCUGAUGAUACAAAACCAUGCACCAUUCCUCCUCCAUAUUCACCUUCAUCUCUAUUUGAUGUUCUUCAUAAAAAAACGGAUGUACUUAAACAUGUGGAUAUAUGGGAGAAACAACAAAAUCAUUGGAUCAUUGGAGCUAUUGAUUGCACCCAUAUUCCAGCAACGGUACCAAGGUGUGAUGCAAGAAGCUAUCUUAAUCGUCAAGGAAUAAUUUCACAAAAUAUUUUAAUAGUUUGUAACUUUGAUUUAUAAUUCAUAUACGUUUUAAGUGAGUGGGAAAGAUCUACAUAUGAUUCCAAAGUAUUAAAUAAUGCUUUUGAUGGUGAUGGAAUUUGGUGUAGGUUUAUGUUGUUGUACCCUGAGCACAAUCAUUCAAGGUAUUAGUCAAGAAUAAUUGUUGUUGGUUCUUGGUU